GGUUCAUUAUCUGACGGAUCGGUUCGGUUCGGUUUUCGGAUUGGUUUGGUUUCCUAGCCAAAAGUGCAUUUCCUAACAUUGGCAUUGGCCGGACAGCGGAAGCCCCUGGGUCUGGGUCUGGUCAUCUGCUUCGUUUUUUGUUUUACUUCAUUUAUUUCGAGUCGCAUCGGUUGAUGAAAUACCGCUUCUCAUUGUUAUUGGUGCGCUGGCGUUGCAUUUGAUUGGAUUGAUCUGGUGACGAAAGUGCCAAGAGUCUUUCAAAGUCAAUCAAUUAGAGGGUGCAUUACGACCGCCGAUUCGAUUCGCUACAUCCCAUCCCACCAUGAUAAUGCUUCACAUCGUGAUCUUAGCGGCGAGUUUAACGGCUGCGCAAUGCUUUCGAUUGAACAUGACGCAGUUCUAUGAGAUGCCGCCGCUGUACGACUUGGAUGACUACGAUCGGUGCCUCCAGCAGUUCGAUGGUCAGGGCUCCACCUACUGCUUUGUCCGGGCGGAAGUCCAACCGGAUGAGUCGGUGGCCUCAUGGCGGGCCAUUGUUGAGAUUUCGCAGUAUGAUCGCCAUCACUUUGAUCACAGGCAACUCUACUUUGGCCUCUGCCUGCGCGAAUGUGAGGCUUCUCUGGCCGGAUUGGAUGCAAGUGAACUGGAUGCCCUGCAAGCCGGCCUGCUGUCGGAAAAUGCGAAGGUGAACGUGUAUCUGGGCUUGUUCUCAAUGGAAGCCACUAACCGCGAGCGUCACCAGCGAUUGACGAAUGCCUGCCUGAAUUUAAGGCUGCAGCGUCGAGGAUUCGGGGUGAUGGCCAAGAGCGUGGUGGAGUACUGCGAUCAGGCGGGACACCAGGUGGAGGAAGAUGCUUGGAACCUCACUUUCUAUGGCAUCCUGGGCGCUCUCCUGGUUCUGGCUUGUCUGUGCAGCCUGGUAGACCUUCAUUUGAAACGCGGUCGUCAUGACAAGAUGCUCAAGGAGCGAGAUCACUACAAGACGCCUCCAAAGAGUACCACUCAGCAGAUACUGCUCACCUUUUCGGUGGCCCGCAAUUGGUAUCGCCUCAAUCAGGAGCCAAGUGGCAAGAUCGGACGCGAGUUGAGAUUCCUCGACUGCUUCAAGUUCUUCGCCAUGUUCAUGGUGAUCUUUGCCCACACCAACUGGGUGAUUUACGAGAGCGCCAUUAGCAAUCCACAGGAUCCGGAGCGACUGCUUCACACGGCAGCGGGCACCUUACUCGUUUCGGGAUCUUUGAUCACCGUCACCUUUUUUGUGAUAAGUGGCCUCCUGUUAACCAUUAAUUGGCUGGAUGUUUCCCGGGCGCUUCAGCCCAAAAAGGCAACCUGGAGCUUUGGCCAGUAUGCUCAGCUUUUUGUCAAGUUUAAUGCCUUCCGAUACAUCCGGUUGACCGUUCCCUAUGCCUUUGUGCUGCUCAUGAGUGGAGUUUACUUCGAGAACGCGGGUGGUCCAAUGUGGAGGCACAUCUUUGAACGGGAGCAGCUGGCCUGCCGGCGCAACUGGUGGACCAAUCUCUUGUACAUCAACAACUUUGUGCGCACUGAUGAGAGGUGCCUGCUCCAAGGUUGGUACUUGGCAGCGGAUACGCAUUCCUUUGUGCUCAGCCUGGUGCUGCUGAUGCUGGGACACCGGUUCGCCAGAUGGAGCAAACAGCUCUAUGCGACAACUCUAGCUUUCUUUGUGGCCGUUCCAGCGGUGCUUACCUAUGCCAUGGACUACUAUCCCAUCUUUGUGCCCACUCCACAAACUCAGAAGGAUUCCUUUAUCGGAGAUCGUCAGUUUACCGAGUUCUACACCUCGACCUUAAUGAACUUCGGUUGCUAUUUCUGUGGAGUUAUGGCCGCUUUGGUAUACGAUCAGUUGUCCCUGAAGCAAUACAAGCUAAGAGAGCUUAGGAGCUUCCAGCUCCUCUGGUUCACGCUUAUCCCAGUGGGCAUCCUUUGGAUGUUCAGUGCGCAUCCCAUCUUCCAGCACUACUACGUGGCUCCGUCCGCCAUUUGGGGUGCCCUGUAUGCCGGUUUGCAACGGAAUAUCUGGGGCUUUGGCCUAGGAAUCUUCAUCGUGGGCAUGGCCAGCAAGGUGGGCUGGAUCUUUCGUAAAUUCUCCUGCCUGCCCAUAUUUCGAAUUUUGGGACGUCUCACGUAUGGAGCCUUUAUUGUCCAUCUCCUGGUGGCAAGAAUCGUCUUGGCCACCGUGCGGGAGCCCAUUUAUUUUGGCACUGGCAUGAUGUUCGCCUUCAUCUUCUUCACGGUGACCGUGUCCUAUCUGUGCUCCUUCCUGCUGGCUAUCUUUCUGGAGCUCCCCGUCUCCUCCAUUCUCAAGCUAGUGCGAUAGGCCAAUACCUUAACUUAUAUACAAGUAUUACUUAUAGCUAGAAUAAAAACGUAACAUAACAUAAUUUAAAUAAAUCCACCACCAAAAUUA